AUGGUUAAUGUAAAUCCAUCUGCAAAGGAAUGGCAGGGACGUGGAUUGCGACUUCGAGAGUAUCAGAAAGAAGGAGUGAAUGUAAUGGAUUCCUGGUAUAAGGCUGGGCAUGGCGGUAUAAAUGGCGAUGAGAUGGGCUUGGGCAAGACUUGUCAGGCAAUAAUGCUAAUGUUGCGGAUGAAAUUUCGUGGUAAAGGACCUUUUUUAGUCUUAUGUCCUCUAUCGGUAGUUGACCACUGGGUCGCUGAAAUCGAAAGGUUUUCGUGCGGGUUGUUGGAUCCUGUCUCCUUUCUCGGUUUUGAAAAGGCCCGCCGUAUCUCUUUAAAACACCUGGCAAAGCUUUUGAAAAAUACGGUCUUCGUUGUACCUUACCACAUCUUUCGUCGUGACAGUCAGCUGCUUAGUAACCUUCAGGUAAAAUCUGAGCUUUCGUUCGAUGUUAUAAUAGUGGAUGAGGCUCAUAAUUUGAAGAACACUAGGACACAAUUAGCUGAGAAACUCAAACCGUACAAGGGUGAAGGAUGGUUCCUCCUGAUGACUGGAACACCGAUUCAAAACCAUACAGGAGAGCUGUACUCUUUGCUGACUUUUGUCGAUCCGUUCCAAUUCAAAGACGACCUCCAAUCAUGCAAGAAUUUCGUUGAAACAUACAAAAACGAAGCAAAUCUACCUGCGUUGAAGAGAAUUCUAUCAAAGUAUCUUAUGAGGCGUACCAAGGAAGAGGUGUGCAAAGAAUUACCGGUGUGCGAACAGGUUGUUAUCUAUCAUGACAUAACAGAACUGCAGAAACGUCUGUACCUGGAUAUCAUAGUAAAGGAUCGAGAGGCCUUAUUGCAUGCUACCGGAAACCUUGUAUCUCUCAAAAAUCUUCAUAUGCAACUCAGAAAGUGCGUCGUACAUCCAUAUCUUUUCAAAGGAGUUGAACCGGAACCGUUUGUGGAAGAUGAGCAUAUUGUGCAAGUCAGCGGCAAAUUUCAGAUCCUCGAUCGACUUCUUUUGUAUCUAAAAAAGAAGCAGCAUAGAUGUCUUGUCUUUUCUCAGUUUGUAAGAGUAUUGGAUAUCGUUCAAGAUCUCCUAGAGCUGAGAGGCUAUGAGUACGAACGUCUUGAUGGAAAUGUUCCGGCCGAAGAAAGAUUUAGAGCAAUCAACAAUUUCCAGAGAACUCUGAAGAAACCAAGAGCAACUCUUGAGGAUCCAUGGUGUUUUCUACUUUCCACUAAAGCUGGUGGGGUUGGUCUAAAUCUUAGCGCGGCCGACACCGUGAUCAUCUUAGAUGCUGAUUGGAACCCACAAAAUGAUAUCCAAGCAAUGGCUCGCUGUCAUCGGAUUGGACAGUCCAAACCGGUCCGAGUUAUCUGCCUCAUUGGUCGCUAUACCGUGGAACAACAUAUGCAUGCUCGCAUACGAGAGAAGUUGAAGUAUACCGAUAAGGUCAUGGGAAACGACGAAGCAAAACUAACUGCUGUAGAUCUAUUAUCGAUGAUUAAGCAAAGUUUGGGAUCGCUCAGAGAGCAGAGGCAUGGGAAUGAGCUGAAACUGUCAGACGACGAUUUGGAGGCUGUCAUUGGAAAAACAAAUAACAAGGGAGAAUGGCUGCCACUGUGGGAAAAAGAACACCUUAUGCCAGGCCUAUCGCGUCUUGAUCCGGACGAAGUAGACAGACAAGACACCGACUAUGACGACUAUCUUGUCUUCGAAGGUCAUCGUUAUCGUAUCUCUGCUAAGGACGAAGCCGCUUUCGAGGAACUACGGCUAAUGAGCUACGCUGAACAACCUCGUGCAAAACGUCGUCGAGUCGAAGAAAAAAUAGACGGUCAGGGCAUCGAUAAACAGUUGCUAUCUGCUAGGAAGAGCCGCAGAAAACGUAGAUUCAGAGGAUUUCCGCUGGGCAACGCCGACUCAUUUGCGAGUAUAGACGAACUACCAGACUAUAAACUGAUCAAGAAUUUUCCCUCGCCGAUCGUCUUCUUCGUUGACCUUCCUGCCAACUGCAAAGUCAGGCGAUGCUUCUCAUCUGCUUCUGAUAGGAUGGAAUUACCUUGAACAAAAUGACUGUCUGCAUGCCGGCAUUUGUUUGAAAUUAUCACAAGUGCAUUUAAGAACAUUGCCAUCUUUCAACUUUCUACUGGUCAAUUACGAAGAUGUUUGAUGCUCACAAAAACUCAAUCCUUAACUGCAAAGGAGUUGACCUUUUUUCUAGGGUGAGGU